CAUGAACUCAUUCAUUUUACAGAUAAUUCCUAGGCUAAGAGUCCCUCAACUCUGAGUCAAACCCUGUGGAAGUAGACCCAGACCCUUCCUGACUCUUGGGAUGGCUAGAUUUCUUUCUCUCUUUAGAUUCACUGCUUCCAGUCCCACUGGGAAGGCUGUCUUUAAACUCUAAGGGUAAAUCCAAGUGAACGUUUUCAUUCCCAGGCAGUUCAAUAGUGAUGAUUUAUUGCUACGAAUUAGGUACAAAGGUGCUGAGAGAACUGGAAGUGCCACCAGAGGAAGGUGAGGCAAUCCUGAGAUUAGCAACUGCUGGAUGCACCUCCUCCCCUAGGGCUCAGGGGACAAAGGGAAGAAGCUGCCAGAACCAAGAAGGUCUUGCCCAGUGAGAGCUGGAGCCGUGAAGGAAGUAACAAUGACUGCCGGAGGUCCCUCCCAAAUCAGAGGAAUCCCCUGGUUUCUUCCUCCCACCCUCCAGGGCCACCCAGUGGUAGAAAGCAGAAGCCAGUGGACAAGACGACAGAGAGCAGGCAGGGGUCAGAGCAGAGUAGGAAAAGGAGGUGGAAUAGAGAGCACAGUGGCAAGCCACUGGCGUUCCAAGCUUGGGCGAGGCAUCUGCUUACCUCUGGGACUCUGGGAUUCUGCAGGAGCAGAACAAACUUUCUUUCUAAGCCCCAGAACUCCCUUCCUCCCUCUGUUCCCCUUUUGCACUUUUUGCUUCUAUUCUUCUGUCCUCUUUUCUACUAUAAUUCCCUUAUAUUUCUUUUUUUUCUCUCUUAUUCUCUAGUUCUCAUUUUUUUCUUCCUGUUCUAGUAGACAUCCUCCUAACUUCUCUUUUCUCCCUGGAGUCUCUGCUCACCUCGGUUUGUCCUACUCCUUCCUGGGCAGGAUGAAGCCUUCUUCAGCAUGAAGGAGAGGAGCAGAUUCCUAUGCAGUUCUUUGCACAGUGCACACAGCAAAUUUUCGACAAUGAUAAUGAUGACAAUGGUUGAUGAUGGCCAGCUCCUGGCAUGCUGUAGCCAAUUCUUCUUUGAAGAGAAAGAUGAAGCAAUUUGCCCACGCCAUUUGGCCCAGCAGCUGCCCCAACAUCUCCGCUGGUUGGAACCCGCCUUCCUCAGGUGGGUUUCCUCCAAGCUUCAUCAUGUCAGAUUCAAAGGCCGCUGCUGAGAACCCCCACAAGAAGACCAGGACCUCUCCAUACCCUGGUUCCAAAGUGGAGGGAAGCCAGGUCCCGGACAAGAAACCAUCAAAAGGAAGGACUGUGGAGAAUGGACCAUCCCAGGGGAAAUGGUGGAGCCAGGAGAGAAAAUUAGUACCAUACUGAAGACAGAAUUUGGGGAGGAAGCCAUGAACUCCUUAUAGAAAUCUAGAGCAAAGACUUCGGAGCUGGAGAAACAGCUGCACAAACUAUUCGAUCAGUAACACUUGGUGUCUAUAAAGGUUACAUGGAUGAUCCCCGCAACACAGAUAACUCGUGAAUGGAGACAGAGGCUGUGAACUACCACGAUGAUACAGGUGAGAUAACUGACUGUCUUCAUCUGGAAGCUGGUGAUGAUACCCAGAAAGUGAAAUGGGUAGACAUCAAUGAUCAACUCAAACUUUACGCCAGGCAGUCCCAAUUUAUUCAAUACAUGGUUGAGAAAUGAGGUGCCCAUUGGAGGGAAGGCAUGGACCCCAAUGCCAUGAAUAGUGACUUGGAGUCUCCCAAAAGCCUUCAAAUGGACAUGGGUCUAUAUGAAACAAACAGCCCGGAACCUGUGCUGAACAGGGGAUAGAGGGAACUUCUUUUGAUGAUUAUUUGCAAAACUGUUCGCCCUGUGAAGGCUUUGUGUCAGGGAAUAAUAUUUGAAAAAUACAGGCAUUCAGGAUCAAAACCAUUUUGGUUUUCCAAUUGGAAGAGGAAUAUAGUCAUUUGUUGUAUACGUUGUAUACUUGGCUGGUAAUCACAUUAUGCAACUACUGCUCUUUGAAGAGUC